AUGAAAUGUGGAAUCGCCAACAUUGACCCGAAAAUAUUUGCGCCGUUAGAAAAACCACCAAGGUUUCCUCCGAGAAACAGAUCCAAAAAUUCCAGCUCGCAGUCGGCAGUGCAGGUGUUCGCAAGUCAGCAGGCUGCUUUCAAAGCCUACCUGGCGCGUUUAAGCAGUAUACCGCAGACGCAGGGUAGGAUUGUGGGUGGAUUUGAAGCUCCCAAUGGAAGUGCGUCACUUUGUUGGCAGGCAUCAAUUCGAGUCAGAUCGCCCAAUAUUGAUGGAGGCCUUUGCAGUGGUGUUAUUAUCGGAGCGCAGACAAUCGUCACCGCUGCCCACUGUGUGACCAUUCCUGAAAGUAUUACCGUUGAUGGCGGCUAUAAUGCGUCUGAGGUCACCUGGACCGUUAACAUUGGCACCCAGGCGGUAUCGUCGGCUCCCAAUCGAACCUAUUUUUAUUCAUCGGUCGUCGAAAAUUGCUCCCGCGAAUAUGCUGUAAAGGAGACCUUUGUCCACCCGGAAUACAACAUAACAACACUCAACCACGACGUUGCGGUAUUAAUACUGUCGGAGCCUAUUGAUUUUCGUUUGCACAGUGCUUGUGCUUGUAAAAUGUGCUUAACACAAAAAGUUCCCCAACCUGGAGAUAGAUGCGUUGCAUCCGGAUUUGGGAUGGAAUCUAUAAUAGACUUCAAUUACACAAUUCCUGAUCCACCGCGCUCUUAUGUUCCUCUUAAGUACGUCCAACAGAUCAUCGCUCCAAAAGAAGCGUGUCUUCAAAUAGAUCCAGAAUCGAAAACUGAUACUGACUUCAACAUUGUUAUCUGUGCGGGUGGCGUCGCCGGCGAAGGGAUAUGUUUCGGUGACAGCGGCGGGCCUCUGACCUGCUAUGAUCACAAAACCGGAACUCAGUAUCUGGGGGGGAUUAUUUCAGCCCUCGACGGAUGUGGUUUCGGCUAUCCCAGCUUCUUUACCGCAGUCGCUCCGAAUUUAGCAUGGAUCUUCAACACGGCUCCUCUUGGUGAUGUCUCUAUCAUGGUUUGA